GGGGAACACACGACAUAUCUAGCUAUCUAUUCGGUGGGGGCCUCGUCCCGAUAGGAAUGACUCUACUGUGUUGCACGUUCUCUCAAUAGAAUAAUUCACCGUUGCCGGUUCUAUAAUUGCAUCUUUCAGUCCUUUUGGUCGGUCUUUGUCCCUUCUAAACAGCUUCUGCAUUCUUUAUUCUCGUGAGGGGCGCGUGGACAGGUCCACAAUGGAGGCAAAUAAUAUUGUGGUGCUCGGUGCUGGAGUGGCAGGCUUGACGACUGCAUAUCUCCUGUCUCAGAACGCGGCCAACAAUAUUACGGUCGUGGCAAAGCAUAUGCCGGGAGAUUAUGACAUUGAAUACUGCUCGCCAUGGGCUGGAGCCAAUUACCUGCCAGUCGGUGUCCAAGGUAGCGCUCACGCGGAAUACGAGAAGAAGACUUGGCCGGUUCUCCAGGAAUUGGCGCAGAACCAUCCUGAGGCGGGCAUUCAUUUCCAACCGACUAUCGUCUACAACCGCGAAAAAGAUAAGCAAUCUGCUACUGGACAAUGGUUCGCGGAACUACUGAAGAAGGAGCCAUGGUAUAAAGAUGUGGUCCCCGAUUUUCGUCCACUGCCUUCAGAACAGUUGGCACCCGGGAUAGACAAUGCCUCGUCCUUUACAUCAGUCUGCAUCAACACGGCCAUCUACCUGCCAUGGCUGGUCGGUCAGUGCCGCAAGCACGGCGUGGUAUUCAAGAGGGGCGUCUUCAAACACGUUGCUGAUGCUGCAAAUGCCCAUCAUUCUGGAAGGAAGGCCGACCUGGUCGUCAACUGUACCGGCUUGUCGUCGAAGAAAUUAGGCGGGGUCAUGGACGACAAGCUCUACCCAGCCAGAGGCCAGAUUGUGGUAGUGCGAAAUGACCCCGGAUACAUGAGCUCCGCUUCCGGGACGGACGACGGAGAAGACGAAGCUGUCUAUAUCAUGGGCAGGGCCGCAGGCGGUGGUACCAUCCUCGGUGGUUCAUACCAGAAACACAAUUGGGAUACUUCACUUGAUCCGAACCUGGCAAUUCGUAUCAUGAAACGUUGCAUCGAACUGUGCCCGAGUCUCGUCAAGGAAGGCCAGGGCAUCGAGGGCCUGGAUAUUAUCAGACACGGUGUUGGACUACGACCGCUCCGUGAAGGCGGGCCAAGAGUGGAAAAGGAGAAGAUCGACGGCGUAUGGGUGGUGCAUAACUACGGUCAUGGGGGUUUUGGGUAUCAAGCUUCUUACGGCUCCGCAGAAGCAGCAAUCAAGCUCGUCGCGGCAGCUUUAGGACAGAAGACCCAAGCUAAGCUAUGAAUGUAUAGUUUGGAGUUGUUUGCAAAACCGGUGCACUUGAUUAUUUCCUGAAAUAUGGAUACUAAGGUAGUUCAAUCUUCAACUGGAAACUAAUCGGAGU